AUGAUAAAUGAUGAUCAACUUCAAAUUUGUCUUUAUCAUCCUCAUCCAAAUCAAUCUCAUCGAUAUACACGUCAAAUAAUUCGAAUAACUAAUAAAACAACAUGUCGAGAAGUUUUAACGCAUUAUGUACCUGAUCCAAAUACAGCUCGACUUGUCGAAACAUGCCUUGGAUUCGAAAGAGAGAUUCUACCGGGUGACUUUUUAUUCGAUGUAAUUACUCGCAAUCAAGCCAUAGAAGAAUUCAAGAUUGUUAUACGACGUUUACACGACAACAACAACCAUCAUCACGCUCAUCGACGACGAACAACGAUGCGCUCUCCAACGCUCAAUAAUAAUCAUUCAUCACCACACGAUACGAACGCCAAUCAACAACAACAAACUAAUGGAAAUGGAUUUGCUAUAAGUAGUUUAUCAAUGGAUCUAUCACUAUCUGAAUUACAAGAAAUGGCAGCAAGACAACAACAACAGAUUGAACACAAUCAACAGCUAUUACUUGCACGUGAACAACGUCUAAAAUAUCUUAAACAACAAGAAUUAAAACAACAGCAAACAUCACACGAUAGUUUACGUCUCAAACGUCUAAAAGAACAUGUUGAACAACAAGAAAUUAAACAUUUACGUUUAAAAACUCUUCAGAAUCAAAUAAAUCAACAGAGAAAUUCAAAUUCAACACUUGCAAAUGAAUUGGAAAUUUUAAAGCAAAUAUUUUUCGACAAAGAACACGAAUUAACAAUUGCAUUAAACAAAGUUGAUGAAUUAACAAAGCAACUUGAUCAAUUGAGAAAAAUAAAAAUUACAACGAAUAAAGAACAAUCACAAAAUAAGAAUGAAUUAGAUAAAUUAAAACAAGAAUUAAUGAUCCGAAAUAAAUUAAAUGAACAACAAAGUCGAAAGAUAGCUUAUCAACGUGAAGUUUAUGCAUCGAAACAAGCCGAAUUAAAUCAGUUAGAUCGUCGUAUAGAAGAACUUCAACAGCGGUUAAAAAAGAAACGUAUAUUAAUAUCGAAUCGUACGAAUAUGGCAACACCAUCGAUGACAACAUCUCCAACAACAACAACAACAGCAACAGCAGUUGUUGAACCUUUUACUUCAACAGCUGGCUAUCGUACUGCUUUUGAUACUGUGCAAGAUACUUUAAAUAACGUUAAAAUUGCCGAAAUCGAAAAGCGUAUGGUACAAUUAGCAAAUUCAUUUAAUGCUACAUCAUCAUCAUCUCCUACCAAUAUCAAUGAACAAAUUAGUAGUUCAAAUAGCCCAAAAAAGACUAAUGGCAUGUCAUCAUCAAAUUCACAAUCUAAAAUAGCAUUUGCAUCGAAAAGUGAAAUAGCAGCAACAUAUAUGGCUCGUACAUCAAAUCAAUCAAUAUCUCCUUCAUUAUUAAAUAGAAAAGCAACAGAUAUAAUCGAUAGUACAACUAAAACAGAACAACAAUUAUUACCACCCAAUCUUCGAUUAAAUGAUGACAUACUUUCUGUACAUUUUAAUAAUGUUACAUCAACAAUAAAAAAACGCCAUUCAUUAUCAGAUCCAGCAGAUUCCUUAAUAAAAUAUCUUUCAUCAAAUGUUUCAUCCAAUAAUAAUAACAAUAAUAAUAAUAUUCAGACUCAAGCAAUUCAAGUUCGUGAUGAUUCAUCAAAUCAAUUAUUAACUGAUACGAAAAUUUCACCUGUACCAACAGUAGUUGCCUAUGAAAAUCUUAUUGAUAUUCAAACAAAUCUUAACAAUAAAUUAGAUGAAGAACAACAAUUAGAUCCUGACGAACAUCAAAUAAUGAUUGAAUCCAUGAUGUCUGAUACAGAAUCUGAAGGUGAGCAUUCCGAUGGUAUCGAAUCUGCUAUAUCAUCACCAAGAACAAUUACAACAACAGCUACGACAUCUUCUAUCAAUCUUAAAUCAUUACUAAAAACUUCAACAACACCAAAAAAUUUAACAAGACGUGUUAUGUUCGAUCCAUUGGCACUUCUUCUUGAUGCUGCUGUUGUUGGAGAACUUGAUCUUGUUAUUAAAGCUGCUAAACAGGUUGAAAAUCCAAGUCAACCGAAUGAUGAAGGUUUAACAGCAUUACAUAAUGCUGUUUGUGCAUCAAAUUUUGAGUGUGUCAAGUUUUUAGUUGAAUUUGGUUGUGAUAUUAAUUUUGCUGAUAAUGAUGGAUGGACACCAUUGCAUUGCGCUGCAUCUUGUAAUAAUACACCUAUGGUUCAAUUUUUAGUUGAACAUGGUGCUUGUAUUUAUGCAACAACUAUUCGAGAUAAUGAAACAGCUGCUGAAAAAUGUGAAGAAGAAGAAGAGAAUUAUGCCACUUGUUCACAAUAUCUUUUAUUUGUACAAAAUGAUUUGGGUGUAAUAAAUAAUGGUUUAGUUUAUGGUUUAUAUGAUUUUGAACCCAGUAAUUCAUCGGAUGAUGCCAAAUAUAACGAACUUACAUUCAAAGAUGGUGAUCAAUUGAGGAUAUUAAGACGUGGCGAUGAAAAUGAGAGUGAAUGGUGGUGGACCAGACAUGAAACUAAUCAACAAGAAGGAUAUGUGCCACGAAAUUAUCUUGGACUUUAUCCAAGAGUGCGACCAGGUUCAAUGGCUUCUACUAGCUGUUAG